AUGGACUUUGCUGAAGAGCUGCUAGCCAGAAUCAGAAACGAAACCUCAUACGUAGACAACAAUAUAGCUUCCGGUGACCCGCGCCUUUCCGAAGUCGGGAACCGUCAACCAUAUAGAAUGGAAGACGGAUUCGACCUGACUGCUUUCUUGAUGCAAGACGACUUGAAGCCGACGGAAGAGGAACUCCUGCACAUUGGCCCGAUGGAUUUGGACCCGCUGGGAGGAGGCCAAGCAGCCAGGAGAGCUAAGGAAACCCCAGCACAACGAGCAGAACGAUUAGCGAAGGGGAGGGAAUAUAUGAGGCAAAAGAGGGCAAGAAUGCAGGCGGAAGGAGUGAAAGAGAAAGUAUAUCCGAGGAAACGAAUGACGAAGGAUGAAAUGGAAGAUGUUACCGAAGUAGAGAUGGAUCGAAGUGUCCGAUCAAGCUCAUCAACAAGCUCACGGCGUCAUGAAAAUCCCGAACAACGCGCUGCUAGACUUGUAAAACAACGCGAUUAUAUGAGGAAAAAGCGCGCAAUGAAAUACAAAGACGAGACUCCAGAAGAACGAGAAUCUCGUUUAAUUGAUAAUAGGGAGCGGACAAGGAGGCGGAGAGCCAAUGAAAAUGAGGAGCAACGGAAGAAGAGAUUGGAGCAGCAGAGGUUGUACUCACAAUUUAGACGAUCCCGGAUAUAUGAACAACGAGAUGGUCAAUGGAUCAAAGCAGAAACACCUAGCCAUAUUUCCGACACCCCGGGUUCUUCAGUCAUGAUAAGCCUUUACCCAGACCUUGCUCCAAGUACAAGCCGGCAUGGUAUCCCGGAUGGCCGCGAAUAUACAAUGUUAGGACUGGGCUUCAAAACCGUUUUGGAUUCCCAGGCAAGCGGCUCAUCUUGCCCUGUCGAGGACCCAAAGAAAACCAACUCCCGUAUACAGCAUCGCAGGGGCCAUACCAACAAUACUGAUGGUACCCUCGUCAUUGUCAACCCGGGUCCAGCAUUAAACAAUCAUGGCCAACAACAACAACAACAACCUCAACAACAACAACAACAGCAACAACAACAGCAACAACAACAGCAGCAGCAGCAGCAACAACAAACAAACGGGCAAUCAAAUAACGAGACCCCAAUUUCAUUAGAAGAAUUGUUCAACGGAAACCAGAUGACUAGUAGCGAUUAUCUGAAAACAUUCCUUCAAUCGGCACCUGGCCAUCCGGAUGCCCAAAUCAAUCUACUCCCGUCGAUUCAAUUGAACCCA